CCGUGGUGGCUGGCCGGCCCCCCUCUUGCUCUUCACAAGUGCAGGAAACGAAACCUGCCUUCACACGAAGCAUCGGCCUGCUUGCUCUGGCCCAAUGGCAGCUUUGGGGAGCGGAUCCGGACCGACGAGCCGCCGGCGGACACACCUCGCCGCUCUGACCGUCCCGUUCGUCCUGGCGCUGCUCACCUGUAGCGCCAGGUGUGCAGGAAGUGACCAGCCGAGCAACAUCAUCCUCAUCCUCACCGACGACCAGGAUGUGCAGCUUGGGGGAAUGACCCCGAUGAAGAAAACCAAGACCUUGAUUGGCGAUGCAGGAGCGACAUUUUUGAAUGCUUUUACAGCCACACCGCUGUGCUGCCCCAGCAGAAGCAGCAUUUUAACAGGACGGUACCCCCAUAACCACGCGGUGAGGAACAACUCCCUGUCCGGGAAUUGCUCCAGCCUGCUUUGGCAGAAAGGCCCGGAGUCGGAGGCCUUCCCUCUGUACCUCAGGAAACAGAAAUACCAGACGUUCUUCGCUGGGAAGUAUCUGAACCAGUAUGGCAGGAAAGAAGCAGGAGAUGUUGGCCAUGUUCCACCUGGCUGGGACCAGUGGCAUGCACUGGUGGGGAACUCGCAGUACUACAAUUACACUCUCUCUGUCAACGGCAAAGAGGAAAAGCACGGAGACAGUUAUGAAAAAGACUACCUCACCGACCUCAUAUUGAACAGGUCACUUAGUUUCCUGGAUGCCAAGAACGGCAAGCAUCCAUUUUUCCUGAUGCUGUCUCCUCCAGCGCCUCACUCUCCGUGGACAGCUGCACCCCAGUACCAGAAGGAGUUCAGCGAUGUUAAAGCCCCUCGCGAUGGAAGCUUCAACAAACCAGGAAAGGACAAACACUGGCUCCUCCGCCAGCCUGUCAACCCCAUGUCAAACAGUUCACUCAACUUCCUAGAUGAUGCCUACAGGAAAAGAUGGCAAACUCUCAUCUCUGUGGAUGAUAUGGUGGACACGCUGGUUAAGAAACUUGAUAAUAUGAAGGAACUGGAUAACACGUACAUCUUCUACACCUCCGACAACGGCUACCACACAGGUCAGUUCUCUUUGCCUAUUGAUAAGAGACAACUGUAUGAAUUUGACAUCAGGAUCCCCCUCAUGGUUCGCGGUCCUGGAAUUAAACCAAAACAAGCAUUGCAGGCUCCAGUUUUGAAUAUUGACUUGGCUCCCACCAUAUUGGACAUAUCUGGCUUCAACCUGUCUCUCGUGAACAUGGACGGGCAAUCUUUCCUCUCUCAGAUGGCCCCCUCAUUGCGCAACGGCACUGCACGGCCCUUUUUCCUCGUUGAGUACACAGGAGAGGGACACCCCUUGCAAGAUCCUGCCUGCCCCAAACUUGGCCCUGGCUUAUCUCAAUGUUUCCCAGACUGUGUGUGCGAGGAUGCCUACAAUAACACCUACGCCUGCGUCAGGACCUUUGUCGAACACAACCUCCAAUACUGCGAGUUUGCAGACAGUGAGUCAUUUGUCGAGGUGUAUAACCUGACCUCAGAUCCCCACCAGCUGGAGAACAUUCUGAAAAAGGUGGAUCCAACCCUCCUGCAGACUAUGAAUCAGCGGCUGAUAAAGCUACAGUCUUGUGUGGGCAGCAGCUGCCAUGACAUCACGAGCCAAACAACUCGCAGCAGAGCAGACAAGGCAGCAGGCAUGAGGCCAAAACUUUGGCUGGAGGACACCGCCAACCACUGACAUCGCACUCCUAGUGGGACAUGGGGUUGCUUCAUCUGACCAUCUGGUCAGAGGUAACUUUUACCACAAACAGUAAAAUUUUAUGAGCAUGACAGGGAUUUUUUUUUUCCUGAGCUGCACCCAUACGUUCUUAUCGUGACAGGAGGCUUUUUCUUUUUCUUUUUUUUUAUUAAGAUACUAUUUUUUGAGAAACUCCUGGCAUCAUAGGUGGAUUAGACAUUGUCCACCUGCUCUCUCUCGCCAAUCUGUGUCUUGUAGAGCUAAUAUGUAUGAGCAGAAAUGUUGCACUGUAGAUUUCCUUUAGUGAUUAACUUUACAAAGUACACCGUUUACAAUACAGUCUGAAUAUUUUAAGAGUGAGAGGUCCAAUACACGGUAGAGGGAGAGACACCGACUGUGCCAAAUUAGCUGCUUGCAGCAUGGAAUAAUGAAGUUAGUAGUUAUAUUAAGACAUUUGCUUAUACGUUUAUUUUUGCAAUACAGAAUCAGGUGGUUUUU